CCAAAAGUUUUCAAUUUCGUGAUUCUUGUUCCUACUCAACAAGAGCCAAAAAGAUGGCACAGUCGAUAAGCAAUAAUGAUGAAGGUUAUGACUUUUCAACUCCUCAACACUUCAGUGAUUUGGUGCUCGUCGUCGAAAACACCAAGUUUCACGUCCAUAAAUGCGUUCUUUCGUUGUCUUCUCCCGUGUUUGAAAAAAUGCUUACAUCAGAUUUCCUUGAAAAGGACGCCAAGCAAAUAGAUCUACCAGGCAAGAAAAGAGAUGAAUUUGGUGCUUUUCUAAGAGUGAUUUACGCGGACGUAAUUUCCCAAGGAAAGCAAAUCAACGACAAAAACAAUGAGUUUCUCCUCCAACUUGCUGAAGAAUACCAAGUCAAUAAAGUCAAAUAUCUGUGCCACCGUAAGUUUCUAAUAUCAAGCGUUGAAGAAUCCAAUUGUUUUGGGAUUUAUAAAGUAGCGGAAUCCUACAACCUUGAAGAUGUCAUGGAAAAGUGUGCGGAAGUGGCAUCUCGCAAACCGUGCUGGGUUUUAGAAAGUUCUGGCGAUUUUUGUGGAUUAAAAGCCGAAAAUCGGUUAAGAGUUUAUGCCAAACGAGCGAGAUAUUUCGAUGAAACUUUAAAAGUUGAAAAGUAGUGAAGACCUGGAGCCAGCAUCCUCACUUUGUUCUAUUAGAGAUUCACGUCGAUAAACUGAAAAAUUUUUUUWAAAAACUAGCUAAAUAGCCAAGUUGCAAAAUAACCCUGAUUGUUUCACUUUCAAAAAACACAAAAUUCUAUUAAUCAUGAUAAAAUAACUGCUAUGAAUGUCGCGUUCUGACUGGUUUGGGGUGCGUGCUUUAUGAGAGCACAU